AUGCAAUGCCUUCUGUUCUCGCUCAUCGCCCUGGCGACAAGAGCAUUCUGCCAGACCUUCGACCCCCUUAACUUUGUCGACCCCUUGAUUGGAUCACAACGAGGCGGAAACGUCUUCGCCGGCGCAACGUUACCGUAUGGCCUGGCCAAAGCCGUAGCCGACGUCGAUGGCGAGAAGACGGGUGGCUUCUCAACAGACGGCAGCAACAUCACCGGCUUCAGCAUCGUCCACGACAGCGGUACCGGAGGGAACCCAAGCCUGGGAAACUUCCCACUCUUCCCGCAAGUCUGCCCCGGCGACGACCUCAACAGCUGCCGCUUCAGGAUCGGAGACCGCGCCACAAAGUAUGACCUGAACAAAACUGUGGCCGAGCCGGGCUACUUCUCCGUAGAGCUGGUUUCGGGCGUAAAGGCCGACAUGACGGUAUCCGAGCACGCGGCGCUGCUGCGCUUCACUUUCCCCAGCGGGAACGAGCAGCAUCCGCUGGUUAUGCUGGACCUGACGGAUCUCUGGGCGAGCAGGCAGAACGCCUCGGUCAAGAUCGACACACCGACGGGUCGGAUGACGGGCAACGGCACAUUCCUGCCCAGCUUCGGCGCCGGGUCGUACGUGCUCCAUUACUGCGUCGACUUCUUCGGGGCCAAGAUCUUCGACACGGGCGUCUGGGUGAACAACCGGGCGGGCAACGAGCCCAAGGAGCUCUUCGUUACGAGGGGGUUCAACCUUUUCUACCUGGAGGGAGGCGGCUUCGUGCGGUUCAAAGAGCUGACCAACAAUACCGUCACCGCGAGGAUGGGCAUGUCGUUCAAGAGUGGCGCCCAGGCAUGCAGCAAUGCUGAGAAGGAGAUCCCGGAUCCGAUGAGUAACUUUGAUUCGCUAGUCAGGACGGCGAAAGACGCUUGGAGAGAGAAGUUGGCUCCGGUAUCGAUCAAGCCGGGCGGUGCGACAGAGGACUUGCAGAAGAGCUUCUGGAGCGGGCUAUAUCGCAAUAUGAUAUCCCCUCAGAACUACACCGGCGAGAACCCAUUCUGGGAUACCGGGGUCCCGUACUUUGAUUCAUAUUACUGCAUGUGGGACAGUUUCCGUGCCCAACACCCCUUACUCACCGUCGUAGACCCAGUGGCUCAAACACAGAUGGUCAACUCGCUGCUAGACACUUACAAGCACGAGGGCUGGCUGCCAGAUUGCCGCAUGUCUCUCUGUAAAGGCUGGACCCAAGGCGGCUCCAACGCAGACGUAGUCCUCGUCGACGCCUACGUGAAGAACCUGACCUCGAUCGACUGGAAACUGGCGCUCGAGGCAAUCACCAAGGACGCCGAAGAGGAGCCGUUGGAGUGGUCGUACCAGGGCCGGGGCGGCUUGACGAGUUGGAAGAGCCUCAACUACAUCCCCUAUCUCGACUUCGACCCCGUCGGCUUUGGCACGAAUUCGAGGAGCGUCUCGAGGACACUGGAGUACUCGUACAACGACUUUUGUCUUGCGACGCUGGCUCAGGGGCUGAAUGAGGGAACGCUUCACGACAAGUACAUGGCCAGGAGCAUGAACUGGCAGAACCUGUGGAAGAACGACCAGAAGUCUCUGAUCAAUGGCACUGAUACCAACUUUAACGGCUUCUUUCAGCCAAAGUACCAGAACGGGACGUGGGGCUUCCAGGACCCGAUAGCUUGCUCAACACUCGCCGGGUUUUGCUCGUUGACGACGAAUCCAAGUGAGACGUUCGAGGCAAGCAUCUGGCAGUACCAAUUCAUCGUCCCGCACGCGACGUCAACCCUGAUCGACAUGAUGGGCGGCGACGAAGCCUUCAUCUCGCGCCUGAAUUACUUCCACGCGUCCCCCCUCGCCGAUAUCUCCAACGAGCCCGUCUUCCUGACCGUCUACCUCUACCACUACGCCGGCCGCCCGGGCCUGUCCGCGCAGCGCAUCCACCAGUACAUCCCCUCGGCCUUCAACUCCACCCGCGGCGGGCUCCCCGGCAACGACGACUCGGGCGCCAUGGGCGCCUUCCUCGCCUUCUCCGUCAUGGGCCUGUUCCCCGUCGCCGGGCAGGACGUGUACCUCAUCACGCCGCCCUUCUUCGAGGAGGUCAGCGUGAAGAGCCCAGUGACGGGGAAGACGGCGACCGUCAGGUGCGUCGGGUUCGAUGCUGCCUACAAGAACAUCUUUGUGCAGAGUGCCAAGGUGGACGGGCAGGACUGGAGCAAGAGUUGGAUCGGGCAUGAGUUUUUCAGUCAGGGGAAGACGCUCGAGUUGACGUUGGGUGACAAAGAGUCUGACUGGGGAAAGAGCAAGGACGCGAGGCCGCCGAGCUACAUCGCGGCGUCGAUGUCUUGA